CGCAUCGAAGGGUCGCACCUAUUCCCUUAUUCCCCUAUUCCCUGAGCAACCGAUCGCAGGGAGAAUCCCUCGGUUUGGGCCGCGUGCUCGGGGGUGCGCACGCGUGUACUCGCGCACGCGCUAAAAAUUCCCUGAUAACGGCGGGCGUCCCGACGUCCUCAGUACUGGCUGGAACGCCGUAACGUCGUCACGCGUUCACCGAUCCUUUCAAUCGUUAAUUGGUCUAUAUUUACCGAUCGCUUCUAUCGACGCAAAAAGUCUUGACGACCGAUUCGAUCGCUGCAGAAUGAGAUGCCGAUUUUCCGUAGACGCGAGAACCGCGACUACGAGACCCCCGCGAUUUCAGCGCCUCGUGACACCGACUAGCCGUUCAAGGCCAAACGAUAACACGUUCGUUCGCACGAUCGACGAAUAAUCGAAGGAUAAUAACGCGAGGAUUCGUCGAAUUGGCAUAAUCGGUAGUCGAGGAGUAAACGCGAGGAUUUGUUAAGUUUCCUUGGAAUAUUGGAGGAUAAUAACGCGAGGACUUGUAAAAAUUGCAAGGUCGUGAAAUAAUCGGAGGACUCGAGAAAUUUUCACGAGCGACUAACGAGUGGAGAAUAACGCGAGGAUCUAUCGAAAUUCUCUAAUUCGUUGCCUUAUCAAAUUUCCCUUGGCAAAUUCUACUUCUGGUUCAACUGUUAAUCCAUCGGACCCAUCGGGGAUCAAGAGUCGCUCGAGAUGCGCGCCUCUUCGCGGGAAAGACGGUGUCCCUAUUCAAGUUUCGCCUGGAUGAGUUAACGCGCUUGGAUGCUCGUGAAACCUACGUAAACAGUCUUCGUGGAAAGAUAACGAUCGACGGGGCGAUCGAUACAACCCUUAAAUAGGAAAAACGCAAAGAAAAUUGUAUCCUCGAUCCGCGAUGAGGACAUAGUGACGCGCCGAGGAUCGUUUCCAGCGAGGGAUCCUGCAGAAACGAGCGAUCCGUCGAAGCCGACCAUGAUGAUGCUUCUUCUGCUACUGUCGCUGCUACCUCCGCGGGUACCUGCCUCCGAAUUGUACUUUCCACAGUCGGAUUUGAGCUUGAGGCUUCCGCAGUUGACGCGAAACGAUGAUAGAUCGUCUUGGAACGUGAAAUUGCUGGAGCUGAGGACUCUCAGGAACGACUCGUCGGAACCAAAGAACGUCAGCUACCGCGUCACCGUGCCCCGCGAGGAAAUUGCCACUAUAGAUCCUGAAACGAACAGUCUGUUAUUUCAAGGCUCACCCAAAGAAGGCGAGUCCGAAUACGACACGGUCGUGGUCGUGGCGAAGGAAAACGGGGCCAGAAACGAGGCUGUCCUGGAGAUCAAAGUUCAACCGAUUCGCGUAGACGGGAAGCAAAUUAAUUGCACGAAUCAUGUUCAGGACAUGUGCUUCUGGAACUCGUCGAGAUACAAGAUUUACGAAAACCAACCGGUCACUAUGAUCGGUUCCUUCGGGCCUGCGGCUUACGCUGAGAUUUGCCCUACUUUUCGCAUCACCGACUACAAGCUGCUGAACGGCACGGAGUUCUUUCACGUGGUGAACCAUACGCUGUUCGCGAACGCAUCCUUGGACAGGGACGCGUGGGGUCCGCCAGGAGGUCCAGGGCCACGCGUCAGCAUUCAAGUUCAGUGCAUAGUCUGGGAAGAAAUCACCGGGGCACAGCACGCUCCCAUCAAAGUCCUGGACGUGGACAUCCUGGAUCAGGACGACAACGCGCCCGUAGUUCAAGGGAACAACUCCGACAUCGUCCUAACUCUUCCAAAAUUCACCGCGGCCGAGCAGUUUGUGAACAAGAUCGACUUGAUAGUGAGGGAUGCGGACACCAUGAGCAGCAAUCGUUACGUCAUCCGCAUCCUCGGGGACACGCACGAUGCUCUGACCGUCACCUACGAGCCUAUGUCCAUCGCGAAGUCCACGGAAGUCCCUUACACGGCGAUAGUUCCAAGAUUUUCGGUUAAAACCACUCUGCUACCAAGGUCACCUUAUCGCGUGACGCUUCGAGUGGAGGACGCGUCUCUUCUCCCAGGAUACGGCGAGAAUACGUUGAACGUCACGUUGACCGUCUACGGGCCGGAUCACCAAAUUUCGACGACGACGACCGUGUCCUCCGUAUCGAGCAGACAGCAAUUAUCCUAUCCUUCGAGUGUGAAAGUCGCUCGGCUGGCUUCUCGUUACUCGCGAGUCGCGAAACCGUCGGGCGAGCUGCACCCUUCUGUAAACUUCAGCAUCCACGGCUCGAACGCUUUCGGCGUCACGCAGAAAGGUGGCAUCGUCUACGUGACCGACGAGAAUCUCCUCAGGACGCAGCCAGCGAACCUCACUCUGAGGAUCAAGUGGAGCGGAAAGGAUCGCGCGGUGAUGUCUUCGAAGAUAAGGAUCGGCUUGACGAACGCGUCAGCCUCGAAGGUCGACGCUUGCAAUCACACCAAGUCCGGACGAUUGCAUUCAUGCGCCAACGCGGAAACGCCGGAGGACUGCGAAUCCAGCUGCGGUGUCGCCAGCGGACUUUUCAGCAAGGGCAACUUUAACGGGCGUUGUAUGUGGAGGUGGAACAAUCGGUCCGAGUUCGCCACGAUGUCUGAUCAUUACCCGACUUGUUCCCCUGACUUGACGCACUGCCCGGACAACCACUGCGACCAGCUCGAGCAACUCGACCCCCGCAUUUGCCCUCAGGAUUGCACGGAAUUGGACGUGCAUUGGGCCAACAUGAACAAAGAUGGCCGUGGGAUCGAGAGCGGUGUGGGGACCUGCAAGUGCGACGAUAUGCUGCAAUGCACCUGCAACGUGGAUGGUUUCUCCGCGCGAAACGACAACCACGGCAAAGGCAAUAAAAAUGGGACGGACGGUAAAUUGCGAGACCGAGAAAACGAAGUUCUCGUGCCAGACGCACGAAAAGCAUCCAGUGGUCCCUGCGGUCCUUUCUGCAUGGUAGGCCUGAUCGGUGGCAGCUUCUUUCUGCUGAUCGUGAUCGUUGGCUCCUUCGUCACUUCGAGAUACAGAAUGGCUGCGAAAGGAACACGCAGGGAUAGCAAGCGAAAGGCAGCGAACGGAGACGCAAACGGAGUUGCCAUACUGCCAUCCGAUUACAUCGAUCGAGGCGAUGGACUGCUGAUCGGCCUGGACACCUUCACCGCCGCCAAUCGUCACUUUUUCAUUCCUAAGAGCUGUCCUCCGGAUCCGAAAUGGGAAUUCCCAAGGUCGCGGUUGACCAUCGAGCAAGUUCUGGGCGAAGGAGAAUUCGGUCGCGUUUUGCGGGCCAAAGCUAUCGACAUCGGAGGAACGUCAGGCCCGACGACUGUCGCAGUCAAGACUCUAAAGGAGAACGCGUGCGCCUCGGAGCUCGCCGAUUUGCUCUCGGAGUAUCAGCUCCUGAAGGAGGCCCAGCAUCCCAACGUGAUCAGACUACUAGGUGCUUGCACCAGCCCUGGAGCCCCGGUCUACCUCAUCAUCGAGUUCGCAGAGUUUGGAUCUUUGCGAAAUUACUUAAGACGCAGCCGUCACUUGGAAUCCGAGGGGAGGUCCGGUGGAUGCUCCUCGUUGUCCAACCUUGGCGAGGAAUCGCGAAAUAUGGACUUUACGUCGGCGUACACUGUCACGCCUCGAGACAUACUCUCGUUCGCCUGGCAGAUCAGCAAGGGAAUGGCCUAUCUCGCAGACAUUAAGCUGGUUCACAGAGAUCUCGCUGCCAGGAACGUUUUAUUAGCGGCAGGAAAAGUCUGCAAGAUCUCCGAUUUCGGGCUGACGCGCGACGUGUACGAAGAUGACGCCUAUUUGAAACGCAGCAAAGGACGAGUACCCGUGAAAUGGAUGGCGCCAGAAUCCCUGGCCGAUCACGUGUACACCAGCAAGUCCGACGUGUGGAGCUUCGGAGUUCUCCUCUGGGAACUGGUCACUUUGGGCGCCUCUCCCUAUCCUGGCGUCGACGUACACAAUCUCUACAACUUACUCAAGGCUGGAUACCGUAUGGAGAGACCAGCGAAUUGCUCGCAACAUUUGUACAAGCUGAUGGUGUCGUGCUGGCACCAAGAACCCGGAAUGAGGCCGUCUUUCAAAGAGCUCACCACUCACUGGGAGAAAAUGUUGGAAGACAGCGUCGAAUACUUGGAUCUGAAUCCGAGAACCGUCCACAAUCAGGCCUACUUCGCCUCCCUUCAUGCCUUGGACAGUCCAAGCAUUCCCAAACAUUUUUACGUAACAGGUUCCGGCAACGACGAGACGGACAACGUCAACGUCGAUACGUUCAGGAACGACGUCGUCAACUACCUGAAGAAGCCGUCUUCCGAUACAGUGACAAAGUGCGACAACGUCGACAAGCUUCAUACCCUGUGGCAGGAACCUAUAGCGUCCUUUCCCGAUGAUUCUGUCAAGUUGUCAUACGUAAACGAUCUGUCGCCGAGUAUGCGUGCGAAUCACUAUGAAAGCCCUAUUAAAUUCAGAAACGCGAGCGUUACCAGCGACAGCGAGAACGACCUGGUGACGCCGACGAACGAACGGCCGCAGUCCUACAUCGACAUGGAGGGGAAGAAGUCCUUCGAGUCCGAAGACCUCCUCGUCUUCGCCAAUGUAAACGGCGACGACGACAGAGGCGAAGGCAACUGAAGAGUCUGCGAGGAAAAUUCGGGGAUGAAAACCGACGAAAUUCGCCAAAGAAAUUAGCUAGAAGCUACUUUCGCAUGAGCGAAAAGAAUCGCUGCGUUGUGCCUGCGUCGAAUUCACGAUUCGAAGGAAUUGAAUGACGCGAUACCCGUGGCAGGAUAAUAACCGAUAUCGCGUUGUAUUUCUACGCCUAUUUUUAUGUAUAAAGCAUCGGGACCUAUAUCGAAUAUAUAGGAAAAGUACUUGUAUCACGUCUACUUAGAUCUAUCUAAUCCAUUUCGAUGCAAAUAGCACGCCUUUGUACUCUGAUACUUUUAUCGUCGGACACACGCGCACGAUAGAACGCGCAAGAAAUCAACUCGUGCGGAUAAAUUAUUGCGAACGAUCGAAUAGUUCGCUGAUUCUCGCGCUUUCGUCGUUUACGAGUAGCUUAAUUUAUACGGAAUCAACGCAAAGUUGUGAAACGUUUUCACGUCGAUUGUUUUCGAGUAACUUUGCACGCGUCUCUGUUAGUUACUUAAUCUUCCAACAUUGUUUACAGCUAUGCGAGAAAUUUGGUCUAGAAAGAAAAUCGUAAGAACUAGAGAAUUGAAUUUAAAUCAUUAAACGUUUAAGCUUCCAAUUGAAUAAAAUGCACCUCGCGCACGUGCUUCCCGCUUUCGCGUACACGCUGGAACAGAGGUUCGCGGCGUUGGAUAACAGAAACCGAAGACAGAGAUUCGAUAACCGUCGAUGCGCUAAUUUAAAUACGACUGUAUCGGUCAAUUUAAUCAUAUCCAAAGAAGACUGCGUUUCCAUACCUCGUCGAAUAAAUACGUCCCUUUUUGUAUUUAUGUAUAAAGCAGAGCAUUCCAUUACAUUAGUUAGUUAUUCGUUUAUCGUGCAAAUUGUACACGUACAAGUUCAGUUUGUAUCGUGUUCUAUACUUACUUUUCAAGAGUUGACUAGUUUUAGCGAAGACGCAUACCGUGAACGUAACUGUUAUCGUGCCAUCGUUAUUUUCUUGUACCUAAGAUAUAUAUAUAUAUAUAUACACACACAUACACACAUACACACACAAUAAAUUCAUCAAAGGAACAA